AUGAACGAACGGGCCCAUUCGACCUGGUCUGGGUUGGAAUCUUUGAACUCCUUGAGGAUUCUAUUGGACCAGAACUGCGCAGAGUCCUUGAAGUCGGGAAUGUACGAGACGGGUGUGGUCACGCAGAUCCAACCCAAAGCAGGGAUUCCCUCGGCGACGGUGUUGAGGUUGUUGAAGAACUUAGACGUGCGGUUGGCGUCCUUGAGCUCGACGGUUUUAACGAUGACCUCAUUGAUUGGGGCCAGUGCAGAUUGGAAAGCCGGGUCGGAAGAAUCGACCGGCUUGGACUUGGAAGCCGCCUGCAGGAACGUACGCUCUGCCAGAAGAGCUUUCUGGAACAGAACGGCCUGCUCAGCCACAACAGCGUCGAUUUUCUCGGAAACCUUCACGAAAGGAGACACGUACUCCUCCAGAAAUUCGUCAAAGGCCUCAAUGGCAGGCGAGAGUUUCUCUGGCUCGGCAAUUGCCUUCUGGUCGGCGGUUCCCGGUAACGCGGCAGCCGCAGGUGCAACAGAGCCGUCAACAGACUUGGGUUGCGCGUUGACUGCGUUUUCCUGGAAGAUGGUCACAUCCUCUAAUCUGGAAGCGGCGGCCUCCAAUCUGGGCGGUUAG